AAUUAUCUAAACUACGUAAACUUAAUUUUUGUUUUCCAUAGAAUUUGGUUUUUUCUUCAGUUUUUUAUAGUGAAUACCAUGCGAAGGUAUCAAAUAGAACAGCAGCAACAGCAAAAUCUACAAACCUAUGAUAGGACUAGCUACAGGCAGGUGGUGCCACAGCAGCAACAGCAACAGCAACAGCAGCCACAGCCGCAGCCCCAGCCGCAAUCACUGAUCGAAAUGCAGAAUGUGCCACCAACUGGUCUGUACCACAAUGGUGUCUGGUAUAACAACCUACAGUCGUUUGGCUCGUAUCAGUCGAUGGAUGGCAAUAGUCAACCACUGCAAGUCCUUGCGGCGCCGGUGGUGCAGCAUGCAACCUAUGAUGGCCAGACAUAUUGCUGUCAGCCCGUGCAGAUGCAGGAAAGUCCAUCACCCACCCCCAUUCCCACCGUCGCCGCUGCAUAUCGACCAGUGGAGCAACAGCCACAGCCACAGCUACAGCCACAACCACAGCCACAGCCACAGCAACAGCCACAGCCACAGUUACAGUUUGGCUAUCAGCAGUCAUAUCAGCUGGUCCAGCCAUUGCAGACCAUACAGCUGGUGCCAGCGGCAACGACCAAUACAACUGCCUACCUUUAUCAGCCAUACAAUCAAACCUAUCAGCCUGUACAGUUGGUCACGGCACCACCGAGCGCACCACAGUUGAUUGCAGCACCAGCAAAUGGGCCGCCAGCGAACGGCGUGCAGUUGUUGGUGGCUGCUGCCAAUGUGCAGCAAAUUCAGCAGGCAACUGCAGUUGCACCACCUUCGCCGAUCGCACCACAACUGGAGCCAGGACAGCCGACUUAUCCCUAUCAAAUAUACAACUAUCAGGAUGCAACGGCACAACCGAUUCAAGUACAUCCACAUCCACCCUCACCCGCACCACCACUGCCACCACCACCUCUGCCGCCACUGCCGCCACCGCCAUUAUCAUCAUCGCCAUCAUCAUCGUCAUCAUCAUCAUCGUCAUUGACAUCAUGUUCAUCCUCAUCGCAAUCGACACCACCACAACUACCACCUCAGUCGAUUGGGCUGCUGCCCACGCCCGACAUGCAGCCCCAGUUGCCCGAUUCCUUUGGCUAUCCGUGCUACAACUACCAAGUGGUGCCGCGCAAUCAGCUGCUUGCAGCACCACCACCCCUACAGCCCGUUGAAGUCGAGCCAGAACUGAUUGAGAUCGACAUUGCGCUAGCCAGCGAUGUCUACAUAACAAGAACGCGCGAAAAGCUAAUGGUCACCAUCUACAAGCAGCGCGGCAUGGGCAAAUCCGAUUUCCCCCAGAACGUCUACAUAAAUGGGGGCCUUCAGGUUGAUGGCCAGCUUCAAGCUGACCUGGACAACAAAUCGGGCUAUAUUCAAACCACUCAGGGACCAUAUACAAAUCCUUACAAUGUUUCCCCACAUUAUGAGGUAACUCAUGAUGGUGCUGUCUAUGAAGAGGUCUCUCAGGACUAUAUGGAAUCGCCAGAGCCUAUGUUUUAUGCCCGGGAACAGUCGAUGCAUGAGUUUGGUCAAGCAAAUGGGAUGGAGCAGUUCGUGCCGGGGUUUCAGCCAUUCAAUAUGCACGAUCAGUCGCAUUUGAUUGAAUGCGCCGAGAUGGAAGGCAGAUACCUUCAGGAGGCACCGAAUGGAAUGGAAGCCCCGAUGGAAAAUCCAUACGAACAGUUCCGAGCACCGCGUCGCGUCGUGCAGUCUUUCAAUCCAAUGAUGUUGACGAAGUCAUCAAAAAACGAAGCAAAAUAUCAGAAGAGCAACUACGUAACAUCAAAGCAGAGCCAGAAGCUAAUGAGGCAGCAGCCGGAAAUUAUAGUUAGGGAAAUUCUGAAGCCACCUCCCAAGGAGAGUGUUGAGGAAGAACCGUUGCCCUCGAUCACUAAUGAGAACACAUCGGUGCAGGUGAUUGAAAUUGAAGUUCACGAGUCCGAUUGCAAGGCAGAUCAGAGUUUGACUAGUGUUGAGUUGGAAACACCUCAAGCUGUAUCGGAUACAAGUCGCUUCAACACGAAACUCGAGCAACAACUGUCGGAACACUCGGAACCUUUUGUGCCUCGCUUGACUCCGGGAAAUGCAAACAGCAGCCAAGCUGCUGAAAAUUCAUCUGAAUGUAAGCAAUUCACUGAAGUCAGCUACAUGUCCCAAGCUGAGGGGGAGGCAUCAAGGUGUGAGUGCAUAACGCCAGAGAUCUUGGAACCAGCUCAAGGCUCGCCCAAGGACCCAUUGGCCCAGUCCGAUCCAGCGGCUGACUCCAAGUCAGUUUCAAAAAACUCUAAACAUGAAAGUUUGAAGCAAACUCAAAAGGCAAAGCCCAUACCAAAGAUUUCCAAGAAGAAAGCCAAACUUUUGGCGCGCAAAAAGCAAAAGCCAUUUCAAUUACACACGGAGAUCAAAUCGAACCAAAAGAAAUCCCCAAUGAGUCCGAACUUAUCUCCGAUUGUCUUCAAGCUUCCGACCCAGGAGAAAUCUCUUGAGGUACUAUCAAAGACCUCAACCGAAAGCUUUACAACGAGAUUAGCUCAGGGCAAUUCGAAGAUCAGCCCCAAGCCAGCUCGAGAGGAUGUCAAAGCUACUAAUCCAAAGGCAGCUCCAAUGAUGUCGAAGAGCUUAACUAAGCUACCUUUGAAGACUUUGCCGUGUGACAAAACUCAAAGAACUUUACCUGAAGUAAGCCCAAAGGUUUCAGAGAAGCCAUGGAAAUUGCUUAAUCAAAAAUUUGUUAAGCUCGAUUCAGCACGAGCUACAAACGAGGCAGAUUCUUCUACAAAAAAUGGAAGAUUAGAGCUGCCUCAGAUCCAAGCCCAAAGCGCCGACACGAACCUGAAGUGUAUUACCCCAAAUAGAGCGAGCAGCAUUGUAUUGGCACCAGCCAAUCCCAGCCGAUCUAUGGGACCGGAAAAUGCGCUUCAUGCUGCACCAAAGACGUCUCAAGCCAAGCCAAAGCUAGAUAUAGUCAAGAUUGCAGAAGUUAAGACAAACAGGAAGUCAAGUUUAAUCGAAGAAAAGAAAACGUCGGAAAUUGUUCCAUCAGAUAAACCAUCCAAAACUGUUUUCACAAAGCAAGCAAAACAACUUCAGCCAAGCAGAUCUCUAGAUCUCUUGAAGAAGCCAUUAAAUAUAUCCCUUAAGAAUAGUAAAGCAAGCUUAGCUGAUGCUGCCAAGCUAGAAGAUCAAACAACAUCAGGUGCAGACGCAGAGCUGAUAGCUACAGAAGUCACUGGACUGGCAGAACGUACUUUAGGAGUUCUUGACUCCAUAGACAUUAAGAAAAGUGAACCGAUGUUAUUCACAGAGAAUGCAUCUUUCGCAAAGCUCGCGAAAAAUGAGAGCGAGCGGGCUGCAACUGUUGCAAAGUCGUCCAAGAGCGGAAAGAAGCAACCGAAGCCAACUGCAGCAGAUGCUACUAUGCCGGACCUACAGAAAAAGAAAUUGAAUAUGGGCUUGGAGGAUACGAAGUUGGUGAAGGUAGAGAAAAGCGACUUGAAGGGGAUGGAGUCCAAUCAAAAGGACUUCAACUUAGUUAGUGAUGAGGUGGAUCCAAAGACGAAUCAAUUGAAGUUAGCCUCAGAGAGUGUCGGGUCGGUAGGGCUGAAGAAACCCGACUCGAAGUUGAUUUUGCAAGGUGUAGCGUCAGUGGAGCCCCAGAAAAAGGAAUCGAAGUUGCCUGCGAAGAGUGCUAUGUCAGUAGAGCUCAAGAAAGCUCAAUCGAAGUUCGCUUUAGAAGGUGUCAAGCCAACAGAGAUCAACAAGAGCUACUUAGGCCUAGCUCUAGAGAAUCAAAUAUCCGAAGCGCUCAAGCAAAACGAAUUGAAGCUGGCUUCAGACGGUGCAGAGCAAGCUGAGCCACAGCCAGAACAUGUCAGUCAGGGGAUCCCAGUCCCAGGUGAAACAGAGGUAGAGCUUAAGGCAAGCCAAUCCAGAUCAAAAUUAGUUUCAAGUCAAGAUAAAACGAAAAAUAAUUCAAAAAAAUCGCAAAAUAUCGCAGUUGCCACGCCUUCGACUCAAGCUCCGGCCGAGGCAGCGGCAAGUGAGUUGGGCGAGGCGACUGCCAAGCCAAUCAGGCUCGAUGAUCCAGUGUUGGAUGCCGUCGAAGCGGAGCCACCGGUACAGCCUUUUCGUGUUAACUCAAAGAGUAUCUCGAAGAAGAAAUACCCCAAACUCACCAAACUGGAGCGCAAGGCGCUUCGGCGCGAGGCGACGAAGGCUCAAAUCGAAUUGCAGGCGGCACAGAAAGAGAAGAAAGUAAAAGAAAAUGAACAGAUGACGAAGACAAAAGAUGAACCGAUUAAAGAGCCCGAGUGCAAGAAGAAGAAAAGAAACCAUACUUCCGAUUCGGAGCAGAGCGAAAAGACAGCCAAUUCCAGUUCCGAAGAGGAAGCCGAAUGCCCGGCCCUCAAAGAGGUCGGCGAUCCGCUCUUGCGACGCAAGCUUAUGACAAUCAUUCAAAAAAUUAUCAAUCUGUGA